AUGUCCGACGUAGAUCUCCACGAUUUCCCUUCCCUCUUCUCCCUCAAGGGCAAGGUCGCCGUCGUGACUGGCGGCUCUCGAGGUCUCGGUCUCCAUGCCGCCUCAGCCCUCCUCCAAGCCGGCGCCUCCAAAGUCUUCAUCACAUCCCGCAAAGCCAAAGCCUGCGAAGAAGCAGUCGCAGCCCUCAACGCGCUCCCCAACAAAGCCCCCAACGCCAUCGCCAUCUCCGUCCCCGCCGACGCCUCCAAAGAAGCCGGCAUCGCCCACCUCGUGCGCGAAGUCUCCAAGCACACCGACCACGUCGACAUCCUGCUCGCCAACGCGGGCGCCACGUGGGGCGCGCCCUUCGAUUCGCACCCGGACGAGGCCUUUGCCAAGGUCAUGGACCUUAAUGUUAGGGGCGUGUUUAAUACCGUGAAGCUGUUCGCGCCGCUGUUGCAGAAGAACGCUACGGCUGAGGACCCUUCGAGGGUUGUUGUUACGGCUAGCGUGGCGGGGUUGGGUGUUGGAACGUUGGGGAAGCAGGGGACGUAUGGGUACUCAGCUAGUAAGGCUGCUGUCCUUCAUUUGGCGAGGAAUCUUGCGCUCGAGUUGGGGCCAAGGCACAUUACUGUUAACUCGAUUGCGCCGGGGUUCUUCCCUAGUAAGAUGGCUAAUGGGUUGCUUGCGCUUUCGGGCGGCGCGGAUAACAUUGCCAAGAAGAAUCCUCUUGGGAGGCUUGGUAGACCGGAGGACAUUGCUGGCGUUAUCGUCUAUCUUACGAGUAGGGCGGGCGCUUACAUCAAUGCCGAGGUGAUUGCGCUGGAUGGUGGUAGCCUCUGGGAUAGGGGCCAGCUCCAAGUGGAACCUAAGCUCUAA